AAGUAAAUAAAGAUUACCAGCUUUUUCAUUAUUCACCAAAAAUAAAACAAUUUAAAAACCAAAAAAGCCAACUUUCCUUUUUGUUUUUUUUUUACCGUCUUUUUGGUUUCAUCUUUCUUGUUCUGUCUGCUUUGCCUAUCUAUCCAUUGGAACAUUUCAAUUCACUUUGUAGAACAAGUAAACAAAGUAAACCAUCCCACUUCUACUACCCCCCCCCCCCCUUCAAGCACUCUCCUUUUGGCUUCUGCUUUGUCUUUUCAAUUGUCCAUAACUUGUUCUGCAAAAACUGCUAACCCUUUUUCUGGUUUCUUGAACAGUCUCCGAAUCUCAAGUCUUUUUUGUUUUUUAAUGAAAAUUGAGUGCUUUCUUGAUUCUCUUUCCAAAUGGGGUUCUUUGUUUUUAGUUUUUGAACAGUCACAGAAUCUCUAGCUUCACUUACACGAUUUUGAUUCUUUAGGGAUUUGGUUUCUUGUUUUCAUAUAAAAUGGGGUUCUUGCUUUUUAGUUUUUGAACUGUUCUGAUUCUUUAGGUAUUUGGGUUUUGAGUAAUUGUGAGAAAUGCAAUCAGAGAGCUCAGAACAGGUGAGAUCGGUUGUGGCAGCAGCUGAUACAAGAGGGAAGCAUCGGAUAUCUGCUGAAUUGAAAAGACUUGAGCAAGAAACUCGUUUUUUAGAGGAAGAACUUGAAUUGCUUGACAAAAUGGAAAAGGCAUCAGCUGCUUGCAAGGAGUGGUGGGCAGGAACUGAUCGUGCAGACGCCGAGCCCCCUUUUUGUAGCAUGACCUGCACAAAAGCAUUAGGAUGCUAAGUAAUGUGGAAACAAGACCAGAUCCACUACUACCACUAACACAUGGUCCAACAAAUCCUUCGUGGGAUCGAUGGUUUG